GGCAUAUCUAUGGGUUGUAAGUGCUUGCUGUUUUGUGUUUUUACCGCCGUCUUGUAAGCGCUGCUAGUACGGCUGAAGUUUAGUUUACUGCGAUAUCAUGUGCUUAUUUUGCAAGAACAGUGCUCCAAUUAAAAAGUCCCCGCUUGGUAGUACAUCGUAUACCAAGUUGGAAGUGACCAAUGUGUUGGCUACUGAGAAUAUCCGUUUGGAUCUGAAUACAUUGACGUGUCAGGUGGAGAGAGCUUUAUGUGCUGAGCGUGUAAGCCAAAUGACCAAAACAUACAAUGAUAUAGAUGCAGUGACAAGACUUCUGGAAGAAAAAGAAAAAGACUUGGAACUCGCUGCCAAAAUUGGUCAAACCCUUUUGCAGCAGAACAAAAAUCUAGAACUGAAAAAUGACCAGUUGGAAGAACAACUAACUCAUGCCACUGAGAAGGUUUCUCAGCUUACUCACGAAAUUAAUUUAAAAACAGAUUUAUUACAAAUUUAUACAAAUGAAAUUAUUUAUACAGAAUCGGAAGAUGAGACCUCAUCAUCAUCAGGACGAGAGCGUGGUGAUUCUUUUCGAGGAUCCAUAUAUGACAUAGAUACUUUAAAUACGAAAUGUGCAAAACUUGAAGAAGAAAAUCUUCAACUGAAACUUGAAACUGCACAGUUAGGAAACGAAACUUCAAACUAUGAAGAAAAAGAAAAUCAACUAGUUCAUGACUGUGUCAAGCAAUUAGGGGAAGCUAAUACGAGAGAAGAAGUACUCCGAGAUGAACUUUAUAGAAAGUACGAUGAGAUACAAAGACAACAAGAAGAAGCAACAAAUCUCCUUGCACAGAUAGUAGAUCUACAACAGAAAGUCAAGAAACUUUCCAUAGAGAACGAAGAAUUACAUAAAGAAUUGGAUGCUGGUAAAGAGGCACAACAUGAACUAACAGUAGAGCUUACAGAUCUGAAAGACAAACAUACCCAAUGCAUGGAAAUGUUAGAAGAAUUUCAAGAAGAAACCAAAUCUAUGAGAAAGCCCAGCAUGGCAACCAGACCGUCAUUUUCAAGUCGCACUCUGUUUCCACAAGAUUCCUUGGCAUCUGAGAUUGAGAGUACAGUUAAGCACAGUCUAAUGUCAGCUGAGGGUUAUAGUUCGCAAGAACACAAAGCUCACAACAGGAAUGUGAUGAAGACAGUGAAAGCAGCAAAUCCAAAACGUCUUUCAGGUGGUUUUCAUAGUAUCCCCGGAUCUAGAUUUGGAUCUACAUUUACGAGUAAACAUACCUCGCCUUGCAGCUCCAUUGGUGGAUCAGACAGAGGCACACCCCAUAGUGAUCAUUACCAUGGCGACGGGGAAUCUAGUGAUACUGGAAGCUUCAGCACAAGGCGACUUCCAGGUGGUCCGGGUAUUCCUGGUUCAAACGAUUUGGAACUGGCCCUCAGGAGGUUGUCCAUGAGACGACAGAAUCAGGAAUUUGAGCGGAAAUACAAAGAAUCUGGGGGUGAUAGUUCUGGCACAGUCACACCGACUGGCACCUCACCAGAAAGUAUCAUGUCUACUGGAUCAUUUUCUGAGCUUUCCGAGUAUUCUGGGUAUUCCAGUGGAUCUGGAAUGGGAAUCCGGUCAUAUAUCCCAGAAAGACUACAGAUUGUUAAACCAAUGGAGGGGUCCAUGACGCUACAUCACUGGCAGAGACUAGCAACCCCUGAUAUGGCCAGUAUGUUGGAUACAAGACCGGGUAUUUAUGUCAAAGAUUAUAAAACUUUAGAACAUGAAGAAGAAGUAUUUACAUUAGAUGAUGUGGAAGAUGAUGGUCAUAUAGCUUCAAUAUACUCGGCACCGAGUAAAUUUGAAAAUACAAAUACAACUCUAACAUUUACUACAUCAAAGAUACUGCAUCUAGAUGACAACACUCAACUUAGCAGCAGCUGCAGUAGUAGUACCACUAGUAGUUCAAUGCCUCUUCUGAGUCUUCGUAGCCCUAUGGACCCUCCUGCUGAAAGGGACAAAGCAACUAAAACGUUUAGUACAACUGUGGGACUUGCUAGACUUCUACAAGAACGUGGUAUCACACCAAUGGGAUCAUCUGAGAAAAUAGACAAAGAAAAAACUGAUGAAACAGAGACUCCAUUACUUCCACCCCCAGUUGAACCACCUAGUGGAAUAGUCCAGCGUAACAUCAUCAUGGGUGGCACCAAAAUGCGUGCUGCGUCGUUUGCCACCAUGCCUUCCGCACGGUAUAGUUUGGUUGAUAAACUACGGCAAUUAGGAAUGACUAAUGCAUCAUCUAUGACGGAACUUUGUUCCUCAACAACAACAACAAUGUCUUCUACGAGUUCAUCAUCUUUUAUGUCGACUGGGCAAAGUAGUGUAACAAGUGACACGAGCCACCUUAGUGUUACCACCCCAAUGGCAGUCAUGGCAGGCAAUCUGGCUGCGUUGAAGUCUAUACGGAAGGGACCUAUCUUAUAAACAAAAGAUGUAUCAUAUCCAUCAGGAAAGAUGGAGCAGUUUUUUUUUUUAAAUAAUUGCAUAUCCAAUAGUGUGGUUCUGUCUUGAGCGCAAGAUAGAACAAUCUUGCAAGUAAGUGAUACUAAGAAUGCUCCAGCUUAUCGACCAUAGGAUAUUUUGAAGUCAAGGUGCAAUACAGUUAACAAUGAAGACAACGACACCUCACAACAGAACCUCUUACCCCAUAAUAGUAAUGAAAUGUACUUAGUGCAGGGGGCGCUACAUGGAAACGUUAGAUUGAGAAAAUUUAAUACAAGCACUACCGUAUUUGCUCUGUUAGAAGCGCAUAUAAAAUCAAAAACUCAUUUGUUAUACAUGUAUGCUAAAUCGUUAAAUCAUGACUUAUUUUGAUCAUAGAAAUAUUUCUGUAAUUUAUAUAAGCACAUGCCCUGCUAAUAGAGCAAAUACGAUACAUGAUGAGUCUACUGUGCUAAUUAUGCAAUGUCAUAACACUUCCUUUUUCUGAUUUUUUUCUAUUUUAUGACUUGUGUGUGCCAAAGUCUUUGUUAUGCAACAAUAAUGCCAAAACAUGAUCAUGUCUAGUCUUUUUCUGAUUUCAAGGCAAGCCUCAUUUUGAAUAGAAGUUAUGGGAAUCUUCACUUGUGAUGACAUCUGGCUCCUGAUUGGAUAGUCGAAAAUACUGUAGCCAAUCAGGUUAUCCGUUGUAUAUCGGACAAGAGAAAAAAAACUUUUAAUACUUUUCAUUGAAGGUCCAUUCACAAUCAUGUCUUUGUUGAAAUUAAAAGGAUGUAUUGAUCAGAUCAGACAAACAUUGAGCAGAUCUUCUGCAAUAUUUUUACUCAUAUCAUUCAUACAGUAUUUUUCUUUAAAAUCUUCUUGCUUACUUCUCCCAUAAGUGCUGGUUUAUUUUAAUAUACUUGUUAUAUAUAUUGAACAUGUCACACUGCUAUUGUCAACUUCAAUUACUUUGGUCAAAACAUUUCCAAAUGAAUCAGACGAUACUAUUUGCUGUCAGGUAUAGUAUUGUGAAAGCAUGAAUUUUUUACUGGGCUUUAAUUUUGCAAUUUUUUUGCCAAGUGAAAUUAACAAACCAAUCAGUGAAUUUAAGUAAAUAUGCUCUAAAAAUCAUAAUUUUUAACUUAAAUACCAGUGAAAAUAGAUGCUUUUAUAGUAUUUGUAUGUAGUUUGUUCAAUAUUUGAUUUAUGGCAAACUUUACUAUGUUACUACAGCACACAAAAUACUAUUUAUGAUAAACUGAUGAACUUUCACCACCAGACUUUCUCGCCUAAAUUUGUCUGCACAUUUUUCAUUUUCUUCUUCAAUAUUUCUUUAAAUGAACCCUAAUUUUGGAAGCAGUGGACAAAAUUUUAAUCAAUUGUCUGUUUUUACUCAAAUAAUUUGGCUAUUUUUGCCACAAUCUUCCAUAUGUUCUUGACUGCAAUAAGUUAACUGAAAGGCAGGAGAUUUCUAAUAUAUGCUCCCAAAAGUCAUAUCAUUUUUCUAAAUUAUUGUAAAAUGUCGUACAUGUUUUCUCACUGAAAAACCUAACACUUUGUCUUAAAACAGUUUUAAUCCUGCUUGCAACAUGCAGUUUGUUUCAAUCAGAAUCAUUUCAAUCGCCUGGCAACGCAAAAUCAAUCCUUUCUCAUGAUUGGUUUAAACAAGUCAUGUGAUUCUGAAAUUAAAGUCACAUGACCACUUUAUUUCAGAAGUUGUUAAUGUACAAAUUGAAUUCUGCUUCUAUAAUUAUUGUAAAUACUGCAUUUACAUCAAGUGUGCUUUGAGAAGUUUUUUACUUAAAAGAAAAAAAUCUUAAUUUUAUUUUAUCGAUCUGCCUCAGAGAACAUUUUAACUGAUAUUAUUUCAACUUGAACUUGUAAAACUUAUAUUUCCUAAUUCAUCAUUUUUACCCCUGAUUUGUGAAGAACUGGGCGAGUUCAUUAUUCAUUAUAGGGGGGGGGAAGAAUCAGAUUCACAUCAAAUGAUGUAUUUUGCAUGUUGUGUAAAUAUUAAUAUAAUUUAAUUUUAGACGUGUUAUAAACCUAUAAAAUGGUCUGUUAUUUAUUUUUGUGUUUUUGCCAUCAUUUAUUUCAUUUUGAUUUUUAUGUGAUUGCGCUUUCUGUAUUUGCUUUCACUGCUUUAUACCACAAGAGGGCGUUGUAAUAGAAAAAAAAAUAUUCAUUGUGAAUUGCAAAGGUUUUCACCAUGUGAAACUUAAGAUUCCAUUCUGUCAGUAUCAUAAUUGUAUUUCCAUGGAAACAAAUAGAUUUUGCUAUACGUAAAUUGCUUGCUUUCAUUGGUAUUUCUUUCCAAAUAAUGGUUGCUUGCAUUACCAUAAGGGGUGGACCAUUUGAUAUCCUGGGGGGCCAGGAGAUGAAGCCUACUUUUUUUUUCCCCCUAUCUGAUAUGGAAUUAUUUUUUUUCAGCAGACCUUGUCCCUAAUAUUUAAAAUAAUGCAUAGUGUAGAAUUUUUUUUAUUUUUUUUCACAAAAUCUUCCUGCCCCUCAGGAUAUUAAAUGGUCCGCCCCCAACUUGCUUCAACUCAAAGAUGGAUGUGUUAACUAGGAACAAAUGCACAAAAUCUAAAAUAACAUUUUUUUGAAUUUUCGCCAAGCGAAAGGUGCCAACAGAAAAAGAGGGGUUACAAGAAAUUGUUUCCAUGGAAAUUAUACAGCAUUAAGCCCUUGUUUAGCGACCAUUUUGAAUUGUGUGUGGUUUUUUUCUUUUUUGAUUUUCAAAUUGCUAGUCACGAAAUAACUUUCUGGAAACCAGUAAAACCAUUGUGAUUUCUGUCAACACUAGUACAGUGGUUAUAGAAAAGUGGAAUUGAUGUACAUAGUGGUUUAUGCAUUGCAAUGUUGCUAUGGAGAUAAUGCAAAUAAAACAAACCUGUAGAUUA